GUUUAUUUGACGAGGAUGCGAUUGCGAUGGACACAAUUUUUAUUGAUCAAAUAGUUUCCGGUUAUUUUAGUAACUUUUUAUUAGUUUUAUAAUCAAUUUAUGAUUAGUGAUAGAAAUAUUUACAAUAAUGGAUCCACUCGAUAAACUGCCCACAGUCCCUCGGUAUAUGGAUAAAUUGUUGAAAGAAUUAGGAUGGAAUCAAGGCACCAGAAUUCCCCUAGCAAAUCCUGAUAACCAAGAUUUGGAGAAUAAUCUGAUAAACAGACAAAAUGAAAUUCAACGGCUCAAAGAAGCACUUAUUUUUCAAAACCAGAAACGAAAAGAUCUCAACAAGUAUAAGAAUAAUGUACUCACAGAAUAUCAAGAGAAUACUCGUCUCCUGUUUGCCCACAAGAACCAAAUGGAGCAAGAGGUUAAGCUCCGACAGCUGGCCUGCAAUGAGGCAGACAGGCUCGACCGGGACAUCAUCGAAUACACAAAGAAAAGCAAAGAUCUAAAUGGCCACCUUGAUCGAUUUCAAGGCACGAUAGCGAAGCUGCUGAAACGCGCGGACACCCUCAAGAGCGAAGUAUGUGGCGAGCGCGGAGCCUUGCAGGAGUGGCGCGCUGCGCUCGAUCGCUGCGCCGGAGACAUCACUGCCAUCGAGCAGUUCACCAAGCAGGACACCUCCAAGGCCAAGGAACUGGAGACUCAGCGUCAAAAGUUGAAAGUGGAGCACGACCGCAUGCAUGAGCGGCUCACGCAGCUGAUGUCCAACCUCGCUGCUGAAGAGAGGGCUUGCGAGAGGAUCUCCAUUCAGGUGAUAGAAGGGAUGGAGCGGAGAAAACAGAUGAUGUCGAUGUGGACGGCUGCAGUGGAAAAUCUGCGCCAGCGAGAUACGGACAUCAGACACAUCAGAGAGGACUACGCAGUAUUGGAAGAGGAAGCGAAGCGCGUGGCGGAACAGUGUCGCGAGCAGCAGUCGUUCUUCGACCAGCAGAAGGGUAACAACAUCGAGGCGGAGCGCGAGAACACGACCAUCGCGCACCGCAUCGGCCAGAUGCGGGUCGCCUUGGCCAAGCUGCAGGACGCCAACGUUACGCUAGAUGGGGAGGUCAAAAGCCUCCACCGUGAGCUGGGCAACAUGCAGACUAGAGUGGAGAAACUGCACAUGCAGAACCGGCGAACGCAGGAGGAGCAGCAACGGAAAGACAACAUGCUGCGGCUCGUCAACGAGAGGAUGCGAGAUCUAAGAGAGAAGCUGGAAGACUCAGCAGAUCAAUCCAAAUCAUCGGAAAUACGCGCAAAACAACUUGAAAGCAUGCUGAACGACGAGGAGCGCUACGCCACCAACCUGACCCAUAACCAGCAGCGCGCGAUGCACUGCUCCUUCGUAGAGCAACAGAAACUGCUCGCCUUGCAGAACGAGGAGAAACUCUUCCACAUGCAGAUCAAAGCGGCGAAGGCGGUAAUGGGUAAGCUGGACAACAAGCAGGCGGAAAUCGAGAAGAAACUUCAAACCCAGAAGGAGAGUCUUUACUCCAUUUGUUACCAAGUGGAAACGCUGGGGGCGCGCGUCAUGGAGAUGGAGGGGUCCCUGACGGAGCGCGAUUGUUCAGCUGAACUAGUGGAAAAGGAAAACAGGUUGAAGGACGUGUGUGCCCGCCACAUGGCGCGCGUGACGAUGUUGGAGCGGCACUCGGCGCGGCUGCACGACGACAUGCGGCGGCUGGCGCGGGACCUCGAGCAGAAGAACAUCGAGCAUUGCAACCUCCAAAGCCGGCUGAAGACGUCGCUGCUGAACGUGGAAGGCGGCGACAAGGAGGUGAAGGCGGCGCGCGGCGUGUGGCGGCGCGAGCGCGUGGAGGAGGCGCUGCUGCGGCUGCGGGUGGCGCACGCCGCGCGGGCCGUGGCCGGCUUCCAGGACACGGCCUUCACGCUCGACACGCAGCGGCUGCACCUCGACGCCGCAAUGAACGAGCGACUGGUGGAGAUAGGCACACGGCGCGACAUGUUCACGGUACAGAAGCGCUCACUGCUGGAGGACUGCGGCAAGCUGCGCUCCGACAUCCGCGAGCGAGAGCAGCGCAUUGACCAGCUCAUCAAGAGAUACGAUAUUUUCAUUGCGUCACUUGGUAAAGAUGAUUCUGGGCAGCAGCUGUCUGUAGCAUUCUUCAAGAUAAAGUUCGCGGCAGAACGCGCGGAGCUUCGUGAGAAGGGCGCGGCCCUGGACGCUGAUAUAACCAGGCGUGAGCGCGACGUGUCCGCGCUAGAAGCCACCAUGCGGGUGGUUGCAGCCGCCCAUUCACACUUCUUGCACCACAUCAACCCGCUCUCUGAUGAUGCGCCUGAAAUGGAGGAGCUACACGACCUGAUGCAGCGCUACUUCGAGAUGCGUGACGAGAUCAAAGUGCUGAAGGUGGACACAGCGGACGUGGAGCUGCGGGUGGGCGACGCCAGCGCACGCCUCACCGCGCUCUCCGACAAGUGCAAGCAGCUCACUGCGCGCGAGGCUGAAGCGGAAGCGGAAUUAGAAAACGCGCGCGACCGCCUCGCGAAACAGGAGGUCCGACUUCAGAACGCGAAGGACAUCGUCAAACAUAAUGCCAAGCGCGCGAAAAAGCUCAUCGAGGGGGUCGACGAUUGGCGCAUCUUCCAGAUGGCGCUAUGGGUGCGCGACUACGCGGAGUCUGCGCACAACUCCCUGCACGCACUAAAUGAGGUGUGCACGGCGCCGGAGAGCGUGCGCUCGCGCUUCGCCGCGCUGGUCUCCAGCACGGACAUACAGCGGCACAUGUCGAGACACCAGCGGCGGCUGCAGCUCUUUGUACAGCGCAUUGUGUCAGAUGCCACCUCCACGCUCAAAGACGUUCAGGUGGAAAUGGAAGAAUCCGUGUUCUCGACAUCAUCGGACUCCAAUCGCAGUGGAGUGAGCCAAGCGAGUGGGUUCACGCGACGCCUCGCUUCCUUCCGCAAGACGCUCGCCGCUAAGGUGCAAGAGGAGGCUUUGGUCGACGAGAUACCCGAACAAGCUCGGCGGUCCACAAUUUCCCUGCGUGUGAUAACGCUGGGAUUAGAGGAGUCGGUGCCUAUCGUAGAGUCCAACCUUGUCAUGAGAACGCGCAAGUUCCGAUAACACCCUGGUUCAUCAAUCAAUGUGUGACGUCACAACUAGCCUGUAAUGCGGCUUCAACACUGCGGUAUUUGAAGAGCUAAAGUAUAUCCUAGUUAGUAGAAACUUGUAACCAAAGGGACCAAAUGCCAAAUUAAUAUUAGCUAAGUAAUUUAUACUCAAAUUACAAUCGUGUAUUUGAAUACGAUAUCUAAAUGAAGACAUCGGUUUGAUGAGUGUAUGGUCUAGUAAUCAUAAUUAUUUAUAUCGAGUCUUGCUAGUCACAAACGACAUUCGAGGUCUAGUCACAUUUUGUAAAGAUUUAAAUUGCGUAAUAAAAAUAUGUGCAAUUU